GUCGUAUUUUCAACUGGACAGAAGAGACGAGACAGCUCUCAGCCACAUACACUGACACUUGACACUGAUUUCAGACAUUUAUGCGCUGAAGAUUGAGGGUUUAUUUAUCGACUAAGAAUCAGAGCCAUUUGCCCUUUUUCUGUUACUCCCCCCGUCCCGUCCUGUCCCUUCGAUUCCUUACCCGUAGCCUAAGGUACCUACCUCUCGCUCUAAUAAGACGGGACGUGUCUAGACUCGGCCUCGGGCUUGAAUGAGACUUGCUGUUGGUCCCCCUCAAGUCGAGACACAUCGCCAAUCUUUUUGACAGCUCCAACAUCAACGCCUUUGAACUUACCUCAGCCUUUUUCCCGCCCUGGGCCUGCGAUGUGAGGUCCCAGAUCACGCCUCACUAUCUUCUCUCACCUAGACCCUGUGCUGCUUAUUAGCAGUCCACUAACUAUCUACACAAUGGCGGGUCCCCUACGGCGAGGCCGUCUCUGGAUUGGUGUCGCCUUCAUCUGGAUCUUGUGCUUUUGGUACUGGUCAAAUUCAGACUCUGGCUUCAAGCUGUUUGGUAAUGGAGAUCCUCUUGCUGGAAAGGGCGCCACGGCCUGGACGCGAAGAUUACCUAAAUAUCCUAUUCCCAAGGAGAAAUUAGCUGCCUUGCCAAAGAUCACCGGAGAUGUCAAGGUCCCCAAGAUUCAGGCUGCUGCUCCGGUCGAGAGCGCCGCGGCCAAGGAGCUGCGACUGUCGCGAUUGGCUGCAGUCAAGAAGAGUUUCGAGCACAGCUGGAGCGGAUAUUCCAACUAUGCCUGGAUGCACGACGAGGUGACCCCGUUGACCGGCAAGUCCAAGGACCCCUUUGGCGGUUGGGCUGCCACUCUGGUCGAUGCCCUCGAUACCCUUUGGAUCAUGGACAUGAAGGACGAGUUCACAAAAGCUGUUGCCGCUGCAGACGGUAUUGAUUUCACCAGGAGUCCCAUGGCAACUAUCAACAUUUUCGAGACCAACAUUCGCUAUCUUGGUGGAUUCCUGUCGGCAUAUGAAUUAAGCGGAAGAGCUCAUCCUAUUCUCUUGAAGAAGGCUAUUGAGCUGGGAGACCUGCUCAUGUGCGCCUUUGAUACACCGAACCAUAUGCCAGUUACUCGAUGGGAAUGGAAGAAAUCUGCUUAUGGCCAAGCUCAGUCUCCCUCGCGGGAGGCUCUUGUUUCUGAACUUGGCUCCUUGAGUCUCGAGCUCACUAAACUAUCUCAGCUAACCGGCAACCCGAGAUUCUAUGACGCUGUCAAGAGAAUUGGAGACCAGUUUGAGUCUACGCAACUCAACACUCGUCUUCCUGGAAUGUGGCCGGUAGUCGUUGAUGCUUAUACGCCAGCCUUCCAUGCUGGUUCAGACUUCACCCUUGGUGGUAUGUCUGAUUCGCUGUAUGAGUAUCUUCCCAAGUGGUAUCUUCUUCUCGGCGGCCAACUCGAGCAACCACGUCGACUAUACGAAAACUUCAUUCCUGUUGCCAUCAAGCACCUUUUCAAGCGAGCAUUGACACCUUCGGACAAGCCGGUCCUCAUCUCUGGAGACUACCAGGUAACCGAUUUGCCAGGCGAGCAACCCAAGUACACCUACGUUGCACGAGGCCAGCAUCUGACCUGCUUCGCUGGCGGUAUGGUAGCAAUGGGCAGCAAGAUUUUCAACCGCCCAGCCGAUCUCGAGAUCGCUUCCCAACUCACAGAUGGAUGUAUUUGGGCUUAUCAGGCUACACAGACGGGACUUGGACCUGAGAUCUUCAACUUCAUCUCGUGUGGCGGCGUCGAUGCUAAGGACUCGAGCGAUUGCACCUGGAACGAGGACCGGUGGCUCAAGGCUAUUGAAGAGCAACACGCUCCUGACUUCAGGGCGCCGCCGUUGAGAGGAUCAGACUGGAAGAAGCCCACAGUUCACGACGUGAUCAAGAAGCACAACCUUCCCAAAGGUAUGAUCGACGUGAGCGAUGCACGAUACAUUCUCCGGCCCGAGGCCAUUGAGUCCAUCUUCAUCAUGUAUCGCGUCACAGGAGAUGCGCAAUGGAUGGAAAAGGCGUGGACCAUGUUCGAGACGAUCGAGAAGGUGACACGAACUGAGAUUGCGGCUUCAGCGAUAGACGAUGUCACCAAAGCAGAGCCUACAAAGAUGGACAGUAUGGAGAGUUUCUGGUUGGCAGAGACUCUCAAGUACUUUUACCUCAUCUUCAGCGAAUUUGAUGUUAUCAGCUUGGAUGAGUGGGUGCUGAACACGGAAGCACACCCUCUGAGUCGUCCAGAUGUAAAGUAAGAUUGUUUGUGGAGGACGGAUGUGUAUGGGAAGGAAAAGGUUUAAACACUGUAUGAGCGGUUCCUGUGUGUAUUCCUAGAGUUAUAAUAUCAUGCGUGUACGAAUAAACAAGUAUACUUAUUCUUUUUUUCUUUU